AUGAACUUCCACAUCUCAGCAAGCGAUCUGCGCAUUGCCAAAGCCCUGCAGUCAGCACUCGACUGUGGGGUGACAGGCAUCUCGAUGACAGCCUACUUCCGCGAGUUUCCCAGUGGGACCAGACCGCUCUUCCCCUAUUACUCAAUCAGCAAGGGGAUCACGGCGCUCGCUGUCCUCAUUCAAGCCGAACGGGGCUUCCUGCACGUGGACGACCCCGUGGCGAAGUACUGGUCGGAGUACGCCGUCAACGGCAAGGACAAAACCACCAUUGAGUAUGUCCUCUCGCACCGUGCCGGUAUCCCUCAAAUGCCGGACGGCUUGACCCAAUAG